AUGGUUUUACAAAUGAAUGAAAGUGCAAAUGGUCUUCCUACGCCUAUGGUCACAAACUGUAAACUUUCAGCUAAGGAUGAAAAUCCAGUUGAGAAAGUUACUCAAUUUCAAAGCAUUGUUGGGGCCCUACAGUAUGUUGUGAUCACUCGUCCAGAUAUCACUUUUGCUGUCAAUCGUGUGUGUCAACUUAUGCAAGCUCCUCUUGACACUCAUUUUCAGGCUGUGAAACGUAUCUUAAGAUACUUACAAAGAACGAUUGACUUUGGUAUGAGUUUCUUAGCGUCUUCUAGAUUUUCCUUGAUAGGAUUUGCUGAUGCAAGUUGGGGAGCAGAUGUGGAUGAUAGACGUUCCACUUUUGGUUUUUUCAUUUACUUUGGGGGCAAUUUAGUUUCAUGGAGCUCUCGAAAACAACAAAUUAUGGCUCGAUCAACAGUUGAAGUAGAAUAUCGAAGUGUUGCGUGUGCAGAUGCUGAAAUGGUAUGGCUUGAAUCUUUAUUGAGUGAACUACACAUUGUCUCUCAUGGUAAACCUACUCUAUGGUGUGACAAUUCAAGUGCAGUUGCAGUUUGUGCCAAUCCUGUUUUGCACUCUAAAUUUAAACAUGUGGAACUUGAUCUCUUUUUCGUUCGAGAGAUGAUUGUAGCAGGGAAGUUACAAGUUCAUGAAGUUCCUGUAUAUGAACAAGUUGCAGACAUUCUAACAAAGCCACUGUCUGCACCCUUGUUUGUAAAGCAUAGACAAAAGUUGCUGAUUGUGCAAAUCAAAUGUGCAGGUUGA